UACUAUUUUAUCUGGUGAGUUAGGCAUUGACCAUCUCUUCUGUAAUCUUUGUUUAUUUGUUUCUUUAUUAUUUUCAUGGAAUUUUAUUUUCCUUACUACCUGACUUUUCCUAAGGAUUUCAAGUGUUUGAAUACCAGGAAGGGAUGUUUAGCACAAAACUAACUUGUACUCUUUCUCUUUCAUCCUGCAAGUUGCAAGAAUUGGCCAACCCAUUUCUCCAUGUCAUUCUGUCUUUUAUCAAAUUUACCCACAAACAAGAAGGUAGUACCUAAUAGCCAUAUAUUACUUUCCCUUUGUAAUUUCUUCCUUACACUGAUUAGCAAAUUGUCACCGACUAGCAAGCUUGACAGUAGAUGCACCUUUUAUUACACAUAUCAGUGGUUUGGCAACCUCACUACAGCUUGUCAAUACUCUUCUCUUACUUGUUAUCUCAAGAACCAUGAAAUUUGGUCUAAAUCUUUUAAGUUAUCUCGUAGAAUAGCAGACCCCACUUAUCAAGCUCCACUUGGAUUUUUCCUACAAACACCUUACCCAUACUUGCCCUCUGGGAAGAAAACUCAGCCUUGCUUGUAUGUUUUAUCACCCAAAGUAAAGUCCCUUCAUACUUCUGAUGAAGUAAGAGGUAUGGGAAAAGGUCUCAGCAUCCAUUGCAGAGACACGAAGUCACUUUUUCCUGACAGCUUUGAUUCUCUCUUGUCCCUAUUGUGUUAUGUGAGACUCUUAAGAUACAGAACAUAUGUGCUCUCUCUCUCUCUCUCUCUCUCUCGUGUGUCUGUGUGUCUGUCUGUGUGUGUGUGUUUUAGCUGUUGAUACAACUUGAAUGCAGCUCCAUCACUGAAAAGCUCAUACCAGAAUGUGUUGCCAUUCUUUGAUGCUGCAUCUAUGAAGCUCUUUCCUGGGUUUUCCAGGAACCUCCAGGGGGCCAAGAGUCUCCACUUGGCAGUUCAACUGGUCAGAGUCAACAGUUCAUUUCUUCUCCCAUAACUGUGUUGUGGGUGGAUCUUGGAAGUUUCAGCUUUUUCAGAAAAGUGAAGAGAGUUUACUUGCUCAGUAUCACAAACCUCCUAUCUUCUACUUUAUCCAAGUGUCUUAACUCACAUAAAAUUGCUUUGCAAGACACCAGGCUGUCAAUCAUACUGAAAGCUUUCAAGUCACUGGGAUGUGCUUGUAUAUAUUAAGGGUGGCCAGUCAGCAAUCCACAGUGUGUUAAAGCAUCUCAGCUGGUCAGGGCCUGGAACUACUUCUGAGCUUCUGCCCUGGGAUACUGACUUUCAACAGGAUGAAGACAACAAUUUGCUCUCUUCUCAUCAUCGGCUCCCUUCUUCAACUGAUGGUCCCAGUGAAUACUCAGGACAACUUAGUCUAUCUCCUGGAGAGGCUCAGGGAUCUUCUCAACCAACAAGAAAGAACAUUGGCAUUAUUCCUUUUUCCCUCUUACUCAGGCUACCGUCCCUCCACUGUGCCUAAGGCUCCCUCCUGCACUAGUGUCAAGGCUAUGGGCAGACUAGCCUCCUGUCCUACUGGUAUGAUUGCUACUGGUUGCUCUUGUGGUUUUGCUUGUGGCUCUUGGAAUAUCCAGAAUGAAAACAUUUGCCACUGCCUGUGUCCAAUCACAGACUGGACUGCUGCCCGCUGCUGUCUACUGUCCUGAGAAUGAGGAGGCUGAGAAUCUAGUUUUGAAAUGACGAUUAUAACAAAACUUUGUUCUCACCCAGGAAAUCUGAUUCAUUGUCCCGUGAUGAAUUCAUAUUAUACAGUAACCCUGCUUCUUGAGAAAUAAAAACUGAUUUGCACUCA